UUAAACUGCCAACUGACGCAAAUAAAUCGACACUAUUAGUUUACAUCUGCCUCUGAGGAGAAAUAAUCGGGUGAGUUAUUACGGCUCUUAUGUCUUCUUAUUUUAUACAUGUCUUUUUAUGGCGGUAAUAACUGUUUAAGUUGAUGAAUAUAAAUGAGAUGAAUAUUGAGCAGCUGAGGAGGAGGCGCGCGCCCAAGGAGCAGACAGAGAGCGCGAAAAUGAGCAGAGAUCAGGUGCAUCUGCUGCAAUGUUCAUCCACAUCUCCGAAGAAAUCUGGAUUUCUGCUUCCCCAUCGCCAUGAACAUCACACUGUCUGCUGUUCUACUGUGGGACUGAUGAAAUGCGCCUACUGAAUGAAAGUUGGCAGAGGAUCUUCAUCAUGCCUGUCCUGAACGUGACAGAAGAGCUGACCAUCACUGCGUCUCCGUCCUCCGCGGUGUUUUUGUCUCUCCAUCAGUCGAACUGCUCUGUGUCUCCAUCUCCGUCCUCUCCGCCGUAUAACUUCUAUGCCGUGCUGCUGGUGCUGCUGAUCUUCUGUGUGGUGUUCGGUAACGUGCUGGUGUGUGUGGCGGUGUCCCGAGAGAAAGCGCUCCAGACCACCACCAAUUACCUCAUCGUGUCCCUGGCUGUGUCUGACCUGCUGCUGGCCACAUUGGUGAUGCCCUGGGGCGUCUAUCUGGAGGUUGUUGGUGAGUGGAGGUUCAGCAGGAUUCACUGUGAUGUUCUGCUAACGCUGGAUGUGAUGAUGUGCACCGCCAGCAUCCUCAACCUGUGCGCCAUCAGCAUCGACAGGUACACAGCGGUGGCCAUGCCGCUGCUCUACAACACACGCUACAGCUCCAGGAGACGCGUCGCUCUGAUGAUCGCUGUCGUAUGGUUUCUGUCCUUCGCCAUCUCCUGCCCACUGCUGUUCGGCCUCAACAACACUGCCAGUCAGGAGGGCCGAGACUGCAGUUUUGCGGACCCUGCGUUCGUGGUUUACUCGUCUGUGGCCUCGUUUUACGUGCCGUUCAUCGUGACGCUGCUGGUGUAUGUGCAGAUCUGUGUGGUUCUGCGCAGACGAGGCCGGCGCACCGCUCCCACACGCAGACGAGCAGCAAACACAGAGCCGGCGGACGCUCAGAGGACGCGCAAGAAUAAGUGCACUCAUCCUGAAGAUGUGAAGCUGUGCACUUUAAUACUGAAGCCUCCUGCAGCCGCUCCACAGCGCAAGAAAGUGACGCUGGUGAAGGAGGCUGUGGUUCACCCUCUGGAUGUGGAGCCGGUGUGUUUUCUCAGCGCAGACAGAGAGCAGACACAGACGCAGCCGUCUGGAAGAGCCAAACUCUCGUUGUCUGUGGCCCCGUGUGCAGGUCAGUCGGGCCCUGGACCCCGCAGAGACACACUGCAGGAGAAAACACACACAGAGAAACACGCCGCGGCUAAAGAGAGAGUGCGAGGACGACUGUCACAGCAGAAGGAGAGGAAAGCCACGCAGAUGCUGGCCAUCGUCUUAGGAGUGUUCAUCAUCUGCUGGCUGCCGUUUUUCCUCACUCAUGUGCUGAAGGCUCACUGCGGCAGCUGCUGCAUCUCUCCAUCGCUCUACAGCGCCGUCACCUGGCUGGGUUAUCUGAACAGCGCCGUCAACCCAGUCAUUUACACCACCUUCAACAUCGAGUUCCGCAAGGCCUUCAUCAAGAUCCUGCACUGUUGAACACACACACCCACACAAACACACACAAACAUAUGCAGACACACAGACACACACACACAUUGGGCCAGUUUAAUAAUCUCUGCAUAUUUAAUGAUGUGUGUAUUGAGGAUUUCAGGCAGUGUUUAUAACGGGAGCUGGAGCUGCUGUCAGAUGUGCUGAUACUGCACUAGUUCAGUCCAGGAGGAAUAAACAUUUCCCUGCCAAUGAGUCUGAAUCACACCGUAUGCUGUAAAUAACAUCAUGUUAAUAUGCAAUAACAUGAUGUAAAUAUGAUGCGUCGUCUCUUUCAUCAAGAGUUUGACCAGAACUCGUGUAUAAGCACGAAGCAGCUCCGCCAGAACAAAAAAAACGUAGACAUUUAAAUAAAGAAAGAAAUGCUUACAAGUUAUAUUAGUAGUUACAUUUGAACAGAUUUUGUAAUAUAAUUAUUAAUUUUUGGGAUAUUUAAUUUAUUUGAACCAUCAGCUUUAUAUAAAAAUGUCAAAUGUGGCAUUCGGCAUAUAAUAGUACAUGAAAUAAAACGUUUUAUCUAUUUUAUUUUAACAUUUAUUUAUUUGCAAGUAACAUUUUUUUCUUUCAUAACCAUGAACUGCAAACUAUUGUCAUUUUCAACACAAAUAUCUUAACAUUCGUUUGGUUUAACUUCAUUUUAAGCUUGCUUUUGUGCUGUUACACGUUCUGUACAUGCAAAUUUACAGCGUUGACUCUUUCUAGAUGUUGUUGGAACAAGAAAUGAAUGUUUACUUGUCAGCAAAAUUCUUCUGUUUAAAAAGGGUGGAGCUUCACUUUCAGCCCCUCCUCUUUGGACAUCAUGGGCAGGGCUUGAUGUAAAGCUCCUCCUAUCUUGACAUAAAAGGCAGCACUUGAUUUUCAGCUCCUCCUCUCUGGACAUCAUGGGCGGGGCUUGAUGUAAAGCUCUCCAUUUCUAGAGAUAAUGGGCGGGGCUUGACGUAAAGCUCUGCUUAUUAGGGUAUAAUGGGUGGGGCUUGAUGUAGAGCUCCUCCUAUCUGGACAUAAAAGUCAGCACUUGAUUUUCAGCUCCUCCUCUCUGGACCUCAUGGGCAGGGCUUGAUUUAAAGCUCUCUCUCUCUCUCUCUGCACAUAAUGGGCGGGUCUUGAUGUAAAGUUUUGCUUAUUAGGGUAUAAUGGGUGGGGCUUGAUGUAAAGCUCCUCCUUUCUGGACAUAAAAGGCAGCACUUGAUUUUUAGCUCCUCCUCUCUGGACAUUAUAGGCGGGACUUGGGGGUUGAUGUAAAGCUCCACCUAUCAGGAUAUUAUGGGUGGGGCUUGAUGUCCAAUUGUGCCUCUCUAGACAUAAAUAGGUGGGGCUUGAUGGCUAGCUCCUCGUCUUUGAGUUGAUCUGUCUCCACCUCUCUGGAAGUAAUGAGCACAACUUGAUGGCCAGUUCGUUAUCUUUGGACAUCACGGGCGUAGCUUGAUGUAAAGCUCCUCCUGUCUGGACAAAAAAGGCAGCACUUGAUUUUUAGCUCCUCCUCUCUGGACAUCAUGUGCAAGGCUUGAUAUUAAGUUCCACCUAUUAGGAUGUAAUGAGCAGAACUUGAUGUAAAACCCCACCUAUCAGGAUAUAAUGGGUGGGGCUUGAUGUAAAACUCCACCUAUCAGGACAUAAUGGGUGGGGCUUGAUGUGAAACUCCACCUAUCAGGAUGUAAUGAGUGGAACGUGGUGUAAAACUCCACCUGUAUGGACAUAAUGGGUGGGGCUUGAUGUAAAACUCCACCUAUCAGGACAUAAUGGGAGGGGCUUGAUGUGAAACUUCACCUAUCAGGAUGUAAUGAGUGGAACGUGAUGUAAAACUCCACCUGUAUGGACAUAAUGGGUGUGGCUUGAUGUAAAACUCCACCUAUCAGGACAUAAUUGGUGGGGCUUGAUGUGAAACUCCACCUAUCAGGAUGUAAUGAGUGGAACAUGACGUAAAACUCCACCUGUAUGGACAUAAUGGGUGGGGCUUGAUGUAAAACUCCACCUAUCAGGAUGUAAUGAGUGGAACAAGAUGUAAAACUCCACCUGUAUGGACAUAAUGGGUGGGGCUUGAUGUAAAACAACACCUAUCUGGACACAAUAGGUGGGGUUUGAUGUAAAACUCCACCUCUCUGGACAUAAUGGGUGAAGCUUAAUGUAAAACUCCUAUCAUAAUAGGUGGGGUUUGAUGUAAAACUCCACCUAUAUCUGGACAUACUGGGUGGAGCUUGAUUUUAAUGUUUAAUGAGUGGAGCUUGUCCUACUGCUCUGCAUGUAAUGGGAUGACCUAGAGAGUUGUGACUGAAGCUGCAGUAUCUGACUCUGAUCCAUCCUUUCCAAUGGGAGCAGACUAAAAGUGGUCUUGGAUAGGGUAUAUCAAUGUUUUUUACUGCAUAGACAGCCAGGUUUUAUUAAAUGCAUACAUAGGGUCUUGUUUUCAGACCGUAAAGCAGUAAUCAAAAUGUAUUUAUGGUUAAAACAAGAAAAAUAUGAGCCAAUGGGGUCAGAAAAAUAUAUUUCAACUCAAUCUUUAUUUCUUUAGCUCUUUCUACAAUGAAGAUUUUGUCAAUGCAGACAUUUCUCCUUCUCCAUAUGGCUCCUCACUGGACAUUAUAGGCGGGGCUUGAUUUAAAACUAUACUUAUUCUGACAAAAUGGGUGGAGCAUGAUGUCUAGCCCCUCCCCUUUGGGCAUUAUUGGUGGGGCUUGAUUAAAAAUGCCUCCUUGGUAGACAAAAUGGGUGGAGCUUGAUAUACAGUACCUCCUCUUUGGACAUUAAAGACGAGGCUUGAUUUAAAAAUCCACCUAUCUGUGCAAAAUGGGUGGAGCUUGUUAUAGAGCACCUCCUCUUUGAUUAUUAUAGUCGAGGCUUGUUUUAAAACUCCAUCUAUCUGGACAAAUUGGGUGGAGCCUAAUGUUCAGCUUUGCGUCUGAAUAUUAAAGGCGGGGCUUGAUUUAAAACACCUAUCUGGACAAAAUGGGUGGAGCUUGAUAUGCAUCACCUCCUAUUUGGACUUUAUCGACAGGGCUUGAUUUGAAAAUUCACACGUCUGGGCAAAAUGGGUGGAGCUUGCUAUAGAGCACCUCCUCUUUCGAAUUUAUUGGCAGGGCUUGUUUUAAAACUCCACCUGUCUGGACAAAAUGGUUGGAGCUUAAUCCAGCUCCUCCUUUUUGUACAUUUAAUAGUUGGGCUUGAUUUAAUACUAUACCUGUCUGGGCAAAAUGGGUGGAGCUUAUUAUAAAGAACCUCCUCUUUUCACAUCAUUGGUGGGGCUUGUUUUAAAACUCCACCUAUCUGGACAAAAUGGGUGAAGCUUAAUAUCCAGCUCCUCCUUUUUGGACAUUUAAUGGUGGAGCUUGAUUUAAAACUAAACCUGUCUGGGCAAAAUGGGUGGAGCUUAUUAUAGAGCACCUCCUCUUUCCUUAUUAUAGGCGGGGCUUGAUUUAAAACUCCACCUUCCCAGACAAAUGGUUGGAGCUUGUUAAACAGCACCUCCUCUUUGGGUAUUAUAGGCAGGUUUGAUUUACAACUCCAUCCUUUGGACAGAAUUUUGAUAUACAGCUCCUCCUCCUUGAUUUAACACUUUACCUGUCUGAACAAAAAGGGUGGAGCUUAAUGUCCAGCUUUGCUUUUCUGAAUGUUAUUGACCUUAUUUUAAAAUGCGGAAGUGCACCUGUUUUCGCGAUUGUCUUAGAACUUCCGAUUCAGUCGCCUAUGGGAGAAAUGACUAGGAAUAAUAAAUGGCAGAAAACGGUCAAACUACUUGCUCUACAAACAAAUGUUUAAACGACUAUACAGACCAAGUAGAAUAAUAUAAUAAGAAAAUAUCGAAUUGCAUCAUCAAGCAGCGUAAUGAGCAGUUUUUAAUGUCAAAAAAUGAAUGGAAGUGACUGAGACCGGAAGUCUCAAGCCAAAAAGAUUCAAAUGGCAGCGCCCACUCGUCUGCGGAGAAUAAGGUGAAUAGUUGCGGCUUGAUUUAAAACACCUAUCUAGACAGAAUGGGUGGAGCUUGAGGUGCAGCUCCUCCUCUCUGGACGUAAUAGGCGGGGCUUGAUGAUCAUUUCUUAUAUGGAUUUCAUUCACAGUGGAAAAGACCUAAUUAAGAGGUCAUUUAUCUUGUUUUAACUAUAAAAAUGAACUUAAUUCAGAAUCUUUCAAGAAUAACAAGAAAUUUUCAAAAUGUAUCUUGAUUUCUAAAUAUCAUAACUGGAAAAAAAACAAAAAAACACUACAAAAAUCUACAUUUUUUGCAUUGCAGACUUUAUUAAAUGUCUCCUGUGACCUUUUAUAGGAGCCCGUGGACGUUUGUGUCUCCGAUUUCUCAUUUGUUUACCCCGUUCCCUCAUCCGCUAGUGUAAUCUGACGUCUUAACUGAGUUACUUUAAUCUUGUUUUCAAUCUAACUGCUCUCAUUACAGAUUACUCGUCUCCUGUUGACUUCCAGCACCUAACACUGCAAUCCUGUAACCUGAUCGGCAGGUAAAAACCCUCCCGAGAUGAAACAGCACUCAUAUAGAAA